AUGGACAACGAUUCGAUUAUCCGUAUAUGUGUGUCUGCAUUCUCAGACGAAGACAUCGAAAAUGCAAAGUCGUUGCUAUUUGAAUCGGUCCCAACGGACAAACGAAAAAUAUCAAGGCGUAAGGAUGGCAAGUCACAAAGGAAUCUAGAGGAUAUUAUAGUGCUGUUCGCAGAUACGGACCCCGAGCUAAUGCCUAUUUUUGUCGCUAAAGAUUUAUUUAAGCUGCCUGCAGUUGAUUUAGAUCAUGUCGACAUAUCGCGAUUACUUAAAGACCUGAGCUCGAUUAAAUCGGACCUUAAGUGCAUUAAAGAAACCUAUGCGACAAUCGAUCAGCUGGAAGAGGCCAAACGUACAAUUAAUGAGUGCAGAUAUGAUUCUUUUUUACAAAGUAAUGCAAACGUAAACAACAAAAGAGGUGCCUUUGUAUACGAUAGUGGACCAUAUGCGCUGAUUCAUCGUGGCGAUUCGGUAUCCAUAACUGAGGAAAACGAAAACUUACUGGAGACGACAAGUGGGUACAUUAAGAACGAUUUGCCUACUCUUUCUAAUGCGCAGCCUGCUACACGCAGCAAGGGUUCAUCUGUCCCACUCCCACCUGCGCCGGCAGAAAAUAUGCACGGUAGUGUAAUAAAUAGCACUGAGUGCUCAGUCGAUAUCGAAUUAGCACCGCCGAAGAUAGUAGCCCCCGCUCGGCGGAGUGUAACACCUGCGCGAGACAAUACAGAUAACAUGACGAGCUCCGGUUCUAGUUCGGUAAAUAAUUCACAUCAAAACAUUAGAACGGCUGCGGAAGUCGUUCGAGAUGGCACUUGGAAUAAAAAGAAAGAUGACAAGACCUGGACUCUCGUGCGAUCUCGGAAGUCUAAAAACCGCUUUAUAGGUAAAACCGGUACGGCUAUAAUCAGUCCCACUGGAAAGUUUAAAGCUGCGUGCCCAAAAAUACCGCUAUUUAUCACAUAUGUGGACCCGGCCACGUCUCCUUCUGACAUCGCGCAGUAUAUUAAAAAUAAAACGCAAGAAGACGUUACACUCGAAAUGAUCCAAAUGAGGAAAGAGAAAUGGUACAAAGCCUAUAAGUUGUAUGUAAACAAAGACAAGUUAGAAGUGUUUUUAAGUGACAACUUAUGGCCAGACGGUAUAAAGUUUCGCAAGUAUGUUUAUAGAAACAACAGUAGGCCGGAUUCACGGGAGACUGUUUCUGAAGGCAAAUUUAAACAUAAAUAA